AUGGCUGACAAUGUGUACGAGGCCGCCAAUUCGGUGGGAGCACAUGUGCCUCCUUAUUCUGGACAUGCGGGCAAGGUGGAAUACAAGGCUCAGGAUGCCAUUGAACCCAUUGAUGAGGCAUUACGGCACUACCCUUCUACUGAGGGACCGUCCUCGGACUCGUCUAUGACCAAGGUCAUUCACAAUGCCAAGGCGGCUACGGAGAAGGAGCGGAAUAUGAGCCUGUUACAGGGAAUCAAAUUGUAUCCCAAGGCUGUGGCUUGGAGUGUUCUUAUCUCGACUUGCAUUGUGAUGGAGGGAUACGAUAUCAGUCUUGUGAACAAUUUUUAUGCAUUCCCGCAAUUCAACAAGAAGUACGGUCAGCUGCAGGCGGAUGGUUCAUAUGAAGUAUCGGCAUCGUGGCAAUCGGGUCUUAGUAACGGUGCGUCCGUCGGCGAAAUCAUCGGCUUGUUCAUCAACGGAUGGGCUUCGGAGCGAUUUGGAUACCGGUAUACCAUCAUGGCAUGUUUGGUUCUCGUGAGCGCGUGGACGGCCAUCUUUUUCACAGCCCCGAACAUUCAAUCACUUUUGGCUGCAGAGAUUCUGUGUGGUAUUCCCUGGGGUGUGUUUCAGACGUUGACCGUCACGUACGCCUCCGAGGUUUGUCCUGUUGCGCUCCGUGGAUACCUGACCACCUAUGUCAAUUUCUGCUGGGGUGUCGGCCAAUUGAUUGGAAUUGGUGUUAUCAAAGCCAUGUUGAACAGGGAUGAUCAGUGGGCUUACCGAAUCCCAUAUGGACUGCAGUGGAUGUGGCCUUUGCCAUUGUUCAUUGGCAUUUGGCUGGCGCCUGAGUCUCCCUGGUGGCUGGUUCGGAAGGGACGGACGGCGGAUGCGAAGCAUUCCCUUGAGCGAUUGACCAGCAAAGACCGUACAACCGACUUCGAUGCCGAUGAGACGAUCUCGAUGAUGGUUCAUACGACCGCUUUAGAAGCCAAGAUCACAGCAGGUGCCAGCUACUUUGACUGCUUCAAGGGCAUUGAUCGACGCCGGACGGAGAUUGUCUGCAUGGCCUGGGCGCUGCAGAACCUCAGCGGUAACUCAUUCUCCAACUACUCGACCUACUUCCUAGAGCAGGCCGGGCUUUCGUCUUCCAAUUCCUACAACUUCGCGAUGGGCCAGUAUGGUAUCAACAUGGUCGGUACAUUCGGCGCUUGGUUCUUGAUGGCCUGUGGCAUUGGUCGCCGAACCCUCAUCCUGAACGGAUUGUGCGGUCUUUGCACGAUGCUGAUGAUCAUGGGCUUCCUCGGGCUCGUCCCAGAGGCGCAUAAGAACGAGGCCUCGCUGGCCACUGGAUCUUUGAUGCUGGUCUGGGCUCUUUUCUACCAGCUGACUGUCGGUACUGUCUGUUACUCCCUGGUCGCCGAACUGUCCACCCGCCGUCUACAGAUCAAGACAGUUGUUCUCGGUCGCUGUCUUUAUAACAUUGUGGGAAUUAUCUGUGGUGUUCUGACACCGUACAUGCUGAAUCCUGAUGCCUGGGAUUGGGGCAACUAUGCGGGUUUCUUCUGGGGUGGAUCGUGCUUCCUUUGCAUUAUAUAUGCAUAUUUCCGCAUUCCUGAACCUCGUGGUCGCUCAUUCGCGGAAUUGGAUCUGCUUUUCGAACGUGGGGUCAGCGCUCGCAAGUUUGCGACUACACAAGUUGAUGUUUUCGAUGAAACAGUUGAAGGACACGUCAUUAAUGACUACCGGGCAGAAAAAACUGCCUAUGCCGAGCCCAGCCAGACUGAAAAGAAUGCUGGCCAAUGA